GUUGCAGGUGUCUGUCUGCUCCCAGCACUGUGGCAAGGUAGGGGCUCCGGAGGAAGUCCUGGAGCAGUGCGGGCGUGGCCGCGGGCUUUGCCCGGAUCCCUCGCACUGCUUUUCCAAGGGUUCCGAGCGCGGACUAGAAGGCAUCUGCGGUCUCGUGCAGCUCCAAGCCAUCCCUCCCGUGGGAAUGGAUGCAACUUCGGGCGCAGGCGACUGGUGGGAAGUUGGAAUCGUGGAUUCGCUAGCACGCACUACAGGCUAGGGCAAACGCAGGUUCGGCCAUUUCCGUUCCUGGUCUUCGGCAAGUUCCGCCCUUGCCGGUCGGAAAUGGCCGCCGGCCGGCAGGGGGAGCGGAGGAUUCGGCGCGGCCUGGGAGGCGCGCAGCCGGCAGCCAGAGCGGCUUGUGGGAAGCGGAGUUUUGGGCAGGAGACGGCGAUGGCUCGUCUCUGACUGGAAGCUGCCAGGAGAGCAAGCUCUGGUGUCAACUACAAGAACUCGUAUGUUGAAGCAUAAUGCUACUACAUAAGGCAGAGAGAGGAAGAACGCUGUCUGGUAAGGCCUGACUGUCGGUAGUGAUAUGGAGGACGGGGCUGGCAUCUCAAGCUGCCAGCUGUUUUCACCAGCCACUGUUUAACUUGAACAGAAGCGAUGCAUACUGGCUGGUCAACACGGCCAAGGAACAAAAGCUAUGGCAGUUAAAACGGUCCCUCCGAGCCCAGGGCCCUGUCCCUGGAUUUUAACACCAUGGAUCUCUUCCCUGUCGUCCCAUCAGCAAUGUGGUACCUUCUUCUAUUUGAGGACAACAGCCAAUACUUAGGAGCUGCCUGACUAGGGUUAGAGACCUUCCGAGUCACGGCUGAGGAAAAUGAAAUUUCCAUUUUAUUUGGUGCCUUGCGCGGGGCGCACAUGGACUCUUCCAGAAACUUGUGUGUGAAGAAGAGGUUGAGUUUCGUCACACACACUUAUGGUUAUGGCGAGUGAUCCGACGUGAUCAGAGUGGGCCAGAGCCACAGAGAACUCAUGACAGGCUAUACCAUGUUGCGGAAUGGGGGAGUGGGGAACGGCGGUCAGACCUGUAUGCUGCGCUGGUCCAACCGCAUCCGGCUGACGUGGCUGAGUUUCACACUCUUCAUCAUCCUGGUCUUCUUCCCCCUCAUCGCUCACUAUUACCUCACCACUCUGGAUGAGGCAGAUGAAGCCGGCAAACGCAUCUUCGGCCCUCGGGCUGGCAACGAGCUCUGUGAGGUAAAGCAUGUUCUAGAUCUCUGUCGGAUUCGUGAGUCCGUGAGUGAAGAGCUUCUGCAGCUCGAAGCCAAGCGGCAGGAGCUCAACAGUGAAAUCGCCAAGCUCAACCUCAAGAUUGAAGCCUGUAAGAAGAGCAUAGAGAACGCCAAGCAGGACCUGCUGCAGCUCAAGAACGUCAUUAGCCAGACUGAGCACUCCUACAAGGAGCUGAUGGCCCAGAACCAGCCCAAACUGUCCCUGCCCAUCCGACUGCUCCCCGAGAAGGAUGAUGCUGGCCUGCCGCCCCCCAAGGUCACUCGGGGUUGCCGGCUGCACAACUGCUUUGAUUACUCUCGCUGCCCUCUGACCUCUGGCUUUCCCGUCUAUGUCUACGACAGUGACCAGUUUGCCUUUGGGAGCUACCUGGACCCUUUGGUCAAGCAGGCUUUUCAGGCUACAGUGAGAGCUAAUGUUUAUGUUACAGAAAAUGCAGCGAUUGCCUGCCUGUAUGUGGUGUUAGUGGGAGAAAUGCAGGAGCCGGCUGUGCUGCGGCCCGCUGACCUUGAGAAGCAGUUGUAUUCUCUGCCACACUGGAGGACAGAUGGGCACAACCAUGUCAUCAUCAACCUGUCCCGGAAGUCGGACACACAGAAUUUACUGUACAACAUCAGUACAGGCCGGGCCAUGGUGGCCCAGUCCACAUUCUAUGCCACCCAGUACAGGCCUGGCUUCGAUUUGGUAGUGUCACCACUUGUCCAUGCCAUGUCUGAACCCAACUUCAUGGAGAUCCCACCGCAGGUGCCAGUUAAGCGGAAAUAUCUCUUUACUUUCCAGGGUGAGAAGAUUGAGUCCCUGAGAUCUAGCCUUCAGGAGGCCCGUUCCUUUGAGGAGGAAAUGGAAGGUGACCCUCCAGCCGACUAUGAUGACCGGAUCAUUGCCACCCUGAAGGCCGUACAGGACAGCAAGUUAGAUCAGGUGCUGGUAGAAUUUACCUGCAAAAACCAGCCGAGGCCCAGUCUGCCUACUGAGUGGGCACUCUGUGGGGAGCGGGAAGACCGCCUUGAGUUGCUGAAGCUCUCCACCUUUGCCCUCAUCAUCACCCCUGGGGACCCACACUUGGUUAUUUCAUCAGGGUGUGCCACACGGCUCUUUGAAGCCCUGGAAGCAGGAGCCGUGCCUGUUGUACUAGGGGAGCAGGUACAGCUCCCAUACCAUGACAUGCUGGAGUGGAACGAGGCCGCCCUGGUGGUGCCCAAGCCACGUGUUACGGAGGUUCACUUCCUGUUACGGAGUCUUUCAGACAGUGAUCUGUUGGCUAUGAGGCGGCAAGGCCGCUUUCUCUGGGAGACCUACUUCUCCACUGCUGACAGUAUUUUUAAUACCGUGCUGGCCAUGAUUAGGACUCGCAUCCAGAUCCCAGCUGCUCCCAUCCGGGAAGAGGUAGCAGCUGAGAUCCCCCAUCGUUCAGGAAAAGCGGCAGGAACUGACCCCAACAUGGCUGACAAUGGGGACCUGGACCUGGGGCCGGUAGAGACAGAACCGCCCUAUGCCUCACCUAAAUACCUCCGCAACUUUACUCUGACCGUCACAGACUGUUACCGUAGCUGGAACUCUGCUCCCGGGCCUUUCCACCUUUUCCCACACACACCCUUUGACCCUGUGCUGCCCUCUGAGGCCAAAUUCCUGGGCUCAGGGACUGGAUUUCGGCCCAUUGGUGGUGGGGCUGGGGGCUCUGGCAAGGAGUUCCAGGCAGCACUUGGAGGCAAUGUCCAGCGGGAGCAGUUCACGGUUGUGAUGCUGACCUACGAGCGGGAGGAAGUGCUCAUGAACUCGCUGGAGAGACUCAACGGCCUCCCCUACCUGAACAAGGUAGUGGUGGUGUGGAACUCUCCCAAGCUGCCCUCGGAGGACCUUUUGUGGCCAGACAUUGGUGUCCCCAUCAUGGUAAUAGAAAUGGGCAGUACGUUUACUGCGCGGAAUUGUACUGCACUCUUAAUGCCUCUUCUAGCUUCUAUCACUUUUGCUCCCUCACUGGUAGCAGAGGUCGUCCGUACUGAGAAGAACAGUUUGAACAAUCGAUUCUUGCCCUGGAAUGAGAUUGAGACAGAGGCCAUACUGUCUAUCGACGAUGAUGCUCACCUCCGCCACGAUGAAAUCAUGUUUGGGUUUCGGGUGUGGAGAGAGGCACGUGAUCGUAUUGUGGGUUUCCCGGGUCGGUACCAUGCGUGGGACAUCCCUCACCAGUCCUGGCUCUACAACUCCAACUACUCCUGUGAGCUGUCCAUGGUGCUGACAGGUGCUGCCUUCUUUCACAAGUAUUAUGCCUACCUGUAUUCUUACGUGAUGCCCCAGGCCAUCCGAGACAUGGUGGACGAGUACAUCAACUGCGAGGAUAUUGCUAUGAACUUUCUUGUCUCCCACAUCACACGGAAGCCACCCAUCAAGGUGACAUCGAGGUGGACUUUCCGAUGCCCGGGGUGCCCUCAGGCCCUGUCCCAUGAUGACUCUCACUUUCACGAGCGGCACAAGUGUAUCAACUUCUUUGUCAAGGUGUACGGCUAUAUGCCCCUCUUAUACACACAGUUCAGGGUGGACUCUGUGCUCUUCAAGACCCGCCUGCCCCACGACAAGACCAAGUGCUUCAAGUUCAUUUAGGGCCUUGCCAGUUCUGAAGAGACCAUGAGUGGAGUGAGGAGAGUCGCUCCACGGUUCCCAGGCAUUGAAGGACCUUGGGGACAUCUGUGGGGCUGGGGAAGGCAGCAGGAAGAGUGGAAGGGAGUAGCUGUCUUUAUCUUGAAGUCAGUCACACUGGGCCCAGCAUCCUGGUCAGCAGACUCGGGGCUUCUGCACGGGGCACUGACUGAUGGUGAACACUGAGGACUGUGGGACUCUGGGGAGUCACUAGUUCAUAAGCCCAGGACGGCUGGUUCGUGGUUUUUAAAUUCAGUGACAACUAUUAUUAUUUAAAGAGAGUUUCACAUCUGCCAUUCGAGGCUUAUUUAUAUGUGUGCAUAUAUGUACACACAUACGUGUAUAUAAAUAUAUAUGCACACACAUAUACAUAUAUAUAUAUAUAUAUUUGGUGGGGUGGGGGUGCACCUGAAAUUUCUGCCAAUCUCUCCAAGGGAGGGACCUACCUGGCUAUGUAUUUAGUGGAGAGGGUCCUGACCCUGUGUUACUUGGACUGUCCCAAUGGCACUGGCUGCAGAAAUAAGCAGGAUGGACUUGGCCUAGGCAAGAUCUCCUAAUCUACCCCAACCCCUUCCUGUAGCCUCAGUGAUGCUAACACAGCUUCCCCUCCUGCUGGGGGCUGCACAGUGGGGCCGGCAUGUUCCCUGGGCUUUGAGGGCUGGUGCCAGGUAGCACUUGUCUUGGGGGUUAUUGCCACUCUUCCAUUCUUUCUUGUGUUUGAGAGAGGAUAAGGAAGCAACCUGUGAGGCGGGGAUGAGGCCUCUGCUGCCCAAUGACCUUUAGCUCACCCUCCUGGUGACGCCGGUGCGGGGCACUGGUGCAGGUCCCUGUACAAUUUAGCAGGUCUCGACUGGGAGCUUGUAUGGUGCAGAACUGGCCUGUGUCCUUUGAGGAUCCUAGAGUCUCACGGCAGCGCCUUGGGAUGGAUACCUAAGUGAGUUCACCUUUCCCCUCACGUCUGAACUCCAUUGUGUACCUGUGGGGUUUAGACCCCGGAUGUUGAGUUGCCUGUUGGAAGCCCCCUCUUUCAAGGUCUGGGACAUGCUAGAAGCUGGAGGCUGGGGUCCGCUAGGAGAGUUCUAGUCCGGCUUUGGAAGCUAACAGGCGCUCACCCCCACAUUACCGCUCUCCACUCCCAGGGCUGCCAGUGAAAUAAACUGAUUUUGGGGGUGGUGGCAGCAGGAAACUGGAAGCGUAGGGUUGUGUCAGGGAUUCCGCCUGUGACUUGUCACUCCGCCCACCUGGCUGAAGUGGAACUGAGCAGCUGCACCAGACAGAGCUCAGGGCUGUCCUGGCCGUGCACCUGCCUUACGCCAGUCCCGUCUUCCUAGGCCCUGACGCGAGUGCUGCUGUCCUGACUUCUCUGUAGAUCCCUUCUGCUGGAGGCUGCUGUGGCCUCCGCCUUCCAGGAGUCCCUGCGGCCAGAGGGCCAGGCUGCUGCAGAGCUUCCAUCGGUGUCUUCUGGGACGUAGUUCUUAGCACCUCAGCAAAGGGGUCCAGACUCCUUCCCCGACUCUCUGUCCUCUUUCUGUUCCUUGUGGCAGUAGCCCUCUUCCCUCAGGGGAGCCAAAGAGUGUGGUGGUUUUUUUGCUAACUAUGUGGCUGCUAUUUUUUACUUCCCAGUAUUGGGGAUGGAACCCGGAGCUGUGGAUGGGCAUCCCGACAAUCGCUCUGCCGUGAGCCCCGGCCCUAUCUGCCUUGUUUCUUUUAAUGUGAGAACUUGUAGAUUGCUGUGGUAUCUGAUGAGGAAGUCCGUCUCUACGGUAGAACCCCUCUGGAGGGCACUGAAAGCUGUUGGUCACUCAUGGAUGUCAUCGAAAUGUGUUUGAGGGAUAGUGAUGUCAGAGCAUCCUAUGGGGUAGCAUUUCUGGGCCCGGUGGGAACGCUAACUGAAGGUCCCCAGCAACAAGUAUGGACAGUGACUGAGGGACUCUCGGAGGCAAGAGGCAGAGACAAGCAAUUGGACACUGCUUGUCAUUUGGGCUGGGGAGCCAGGGAGCAUGCCUGGAAAUGAUUCUUCCUGCUAUAAGCUGCUUUGCCGCAGCUCACCAUGGUCAUCUAGUGCAGAUUCCUAACACAGGUCACACCUGGCUACCCAGUCUCAGCUUCCAGGGCCAGGACAGCCUUGUUUUUCAGUUGCUCUUUAUCUUGAGGGCAAGGGCCACCCACAGAGUGACAGUCUCCCAGGGUGUCUCAGGCCAGUGGACCACCUACAACGCUCUUGUCUGGGGUGGUCUUGUUAGCGCAGGUGAAGCUGGAGGGUGGGGCUGCCUGGGGCUCUGAUAACAUAAUUUGUCCAUCUGUCUGCCCCUUUCAAACCAUGAGCACAAAGGUCUUACGUUGGAUUUUUGUAAAAAAACGAAAUAAAUGGAGACUUUAACUCAA